UGCAUAAUUGUUCGUGCUGGAUUCUCAAGUGUCAGUUGCUCUUCGACCGCGCCAGAAGUCGCUACGGUUUCCUCUCGAAUCACAAAUUUCUGUAAUAACAGUUGUCACGGGAUGAGGCCUCUGGGAGGUAUCACCUUGCUCUUGGCGUUUGCUAUCUGUCAAGGCUACGUGCCCUAUCAAAGUCCUGAACAGUUCUCACAGGCAGUACCACAGCUAAAUUCUUGGGCCUCCGGGAACUUCAAUGAAGUGCGAGAGUUGGCUAAUGAACUGAAGCAGAAAUUUAACGAUCUCUCCCAAGGAUUCACUGACUUUCGCCUCACAUCUUCCUGGAGUGAUUCUAUUUUAGGACUUAGCGGUAGAAGCUCCCCCCAACUAGACGCUUUGACUUCUGAAUUCAGCGAGCAGCUGGUGAAGGAUUUGCGCCAAGAAGUUAUUACCUAUAGUGAAGUAUCACAGCCCAAUUUCUUUGAAGCAAAGGCCGCUGAACUUCUUGAGCGUUACGCGGGAAGUAAGAGGGCUAUUCUGCCACACACAGUGGGCCUUGGAAACUUUCAACCCUUAGACUUGACCGGGUUCGAUGAGGUAAAGAACUAUGCUUAUCCUGCUGAGGUCAAGGUUGUUGACGGAAAGACAUACGUGGUGCAUCGUAAUUGCACUGAGGCCACAAAGUUAUCGGAACUCAGUGGCUCGGCGCAACUGAAACAGAGAUUUCUCGACCAUGGGCAGACAACUCUUCCUCUUAGCAGCACUACGACCACCAUUACGCAAAAGAAGACCAUUCAUGACUGGGUAAGGGAGAACAUGGAACCAAACGUGGUCGGCUACAACUCGGUGGUUAACGUGGAAGGCCAGAUGGCAAACACCGCCCAUUAUCAAAUGUCGCCAGGAUCGGGCUCGACCGUGUCAAUACAUAGCUUUAAUGAAACUAUUACCACUAAUACGGACGGAUCUAGUUCCGUAGGAGGGUCGGAGUUGCAGCAGCGCUGGCAGCACGGAAAGUUGGUAUUUGAUCUGCGUCAGCCUAUCGAUAAGACCACAGUCCCGCGGGACGAGCAGUGGAAACGCGAGGAGCGUGAGAGGCUUUUCUGGUAUCUUACUACGCCGCAACGACUCGACGACUGGCAACAGCAGGAGGAGGAUCGUCUGCUAGGCGUUGUUCAGCGCUAUGGGAUAACUCUGACCGAGCUAAAAGAGUUCCACCGCCGCGAACUGGCCCGCUACCAGGCUCUUCUGGUUCAGUACCAACCCCAAUUUCAUGAUAUAAGCGGUUGGCAAAGGCAGGAGCGUGGUCGCCUGGACUGGCUGAUCCACCAAAAUGGCAUUACUGCUCAGGACAUGAAACGCUGGCAGAAUGAGAACGAACGCAAGCUUGUCCAGGCGGCAAAACAGCACGGUAUCACUCAGAACGAAUUGCGGCAGUGGCAGACGAAGGAGUUGCAACGACUUUACGUCCACUUUAACCAUAAGAAAGAGUCACUGGUGCCGCAAAAAAGCUACACCUUCCAUUCAUCCAGCUCCCUCACCGAGGAUAACACAAAGGAACAACAGCGUCUGGAUGAGCUAAUUCGUCAGCACAAUACUACCAUCUCUGCUCUCCAAAACUCCAUUAAAACCGACCAACAGCGACUUAAGAAUCUUUCAAUUAGGUACCAGGGUGAUAUACAAAGCCAGACGCAGUGGCUUCGCGGUGAGGUGGCCCGAAUCGGAGAACUAAUAAAGGACCAAAGCGAGCAGGUUUCCAAGAUCACUGCGUGGCAAAGCUCUGAGCGCUCCCGUCUUAAAAAUAUCCUUCUACAACACCGCGGUUCUGUGGAAGAAGUGCAUCAACGGAUGAACCAAGACCGGAAGUACCUACAGAAUCUGGCCACCAAGUACCAAGUGACCGUUGAGGAACUGGAGAAGUGGCAGCACGAAGAGCUGCAGCGUCUUCAAGUGCGCGGACAGCAGCAGCUUCAGGAGCACAUCAAGGACUGGCAGGCCAGCGUAAGCACCAACCUGCGUGACAUUGCUGCUAAAAACCAGCUCACCAUAGAGGAGUUCCAGGAUUACAUCAUUAACGACCGGAGUCGCUUGGAGAAGAUGGCGCGCAUGUAUAAGAUAAAGGUGGAGGAGAUCGAGCAAUGGAUCAAGAACGAACUGAAGAAGUUGCAGUCAGAAGGUUUGCUUAAAGAUGUGGAACAAGAGUUGCUUCAGUGGCAGCUGGCGGAACGCGAGCGUCUUCAGGUCAUGGUGCGGCACAACACUCUAACCGUGGAGCAGUUGGAGACAAAGAUCAAAAAUGACCAAGAGCACUUCUUUCAGAUGGCCGUCAAGUAUAAGAUCAGUGUAGAGGACAUUCAGGACUGGCUAAAAAAGGAGCUUAUGCGCUUAAAAAAUGAGGGCCUGGUCAAGGCGGAAACGUUGAGGGACUGGCAGCAGAAUGAGCGGGCCCAAAUCAUGAUGCUUGUGCAGAAGAAUAAAUACUCGCUUAGCGAGCUUGAGCGCAAAAUGCUGACAGAUCAUGCGCGACUCCAAGAUCUUUCGAACACUUAUAAUGUAAAGGUAUUUGAGAUUCAGCAAUGGAUCAAGUCGGAGCUUGCUCGACUCCAACACGAGGGACAACUGAGAGUGGAGUCGCAGCUCAACAACUGGCAGAAGAUUGAGCGCCAGCGCCUACUGGACCUUGUCAAUAAAAAUAAUCUUUCCAUCGAGGAAAUCGAGUCAAGGAUUGGCAGGGACCAGACUCACAUCUAUAGCCUGGCCCAACAGCACCAGGUACAUGUGGAGGAGAUCGAGCACUGGAUCAAGCAGCAAAUUCAAAAGUUACAAGACCAGGGCCUGAUUGAGAUGCAGAAGCUACAGGACUGGCAGGUCGAGUGGCGCGGUAAUCUUACCAACAUGGUGCAGGAUCGCGACUACACAGUAGAGGAAUUCCACAAGUGGCUGCUUAAGGAUCGCGCUCAAUUGCAGAGUUUGGCUAUGCAACACAACGUGCAGAUUGAGGAGAUUGAGCAGUUUGUUCAAAAGGAGGAGCAACGCUUCAUCGGAAUGGGUCUAUUAAAACCCAGUGAAAAGCUGACUAACUGGCAGGAGGUAGAGCGUUUGCAUCUCAAGAACUUGGCCCACCAGCAGUACAAGUCUACAGAGCAGUUAGAGGCCCGCCUGAGACAAGAUCGACAACUUCUCGAAGGCUUGGCCCGCCAGUACAGCGUCCAGGUGGAGGAAAUCGAGCUGUGGAUGAAGCAGGAGCUGGCGCGCAUGCGUGAUGAGGGCAAGCUUCAAAUCGACAACCUAACCUCUUGGCAGCUGGCGGAGCGCGAGCGUUUGGAGGACCUCAUCAAGAAAAACAAGCAGUUGAGCGCCGAAGAGCUUAGAGCCGAGCUGGAAAAGGAUCGUGAACACAUGCAGACAAUGGCUUUCCAGUACCACACAUCAGUCGAGGAAAUCGAGAAGUGGCUUCAAAGCGAAAUUGAACGACUGGAGCAGCAGGGAAAACUGAACAUCGAACAACUGACUUCUUGGCAGCGUACCGAGCAGCAACGUAUCCUUUCGCUACUCCAGCAGCAUUCUAACAUAACCUUGGAGCAGUUCCAAGCCAAGGUACAAAACGAUCGUCGUUUUCUAAUGAGGCUUGCGGAGCAGCACCACGUGCAUAUCGAAGAAGUGGACAACUAUGUAAAUCAGGUGAUCGAGGACCUACGAAAAAACGGACAGUUUGAUAUUGAACACCUGCAAACAUGGCAGAGAGUGGAAAGAGACUAUAUUAAGAGUCUGAUUGCCGAGUACAAAAAUGGGCUGUCUACUACUGAGUACGAGGAAAAACUGUUAGCAGACCGAGCCCAUUUAAAUAACCUCGCUGAUCAAUACCGCCUGAACGUGGAGCAGAUCGAGGAGUGGAUGAUCGCGGAACUAAAACGUCUGCGGGGCAGUACGGAGGAAUCUCUAAAUAGCCUUAGCGCCUGGCAGGCUUCCGAAUUGGAGCGCUUGCAGGGUUUGAUUAAACAGCAGAAUCAUCUAACCUACGUGGAGUUCGAGAUGGAGCUAAACAAGGAACGGGAGCGCUUGGAGAAGCUGGCAGGCCAGUAUUCCGUCAACAUCGUAGAGAUCGAGGAGUGGCUUCGUCAACAGUUGAUAAAUCUGCGAACCACGGGUCAGGCAAAGGUAGACAAUUUGAGCAAGUGGCAGGUGGAUGAGCAACAGCGCUUAAUAGAACUACUGCUUAAAAAGCAGCAAGAGAUGCCAUACGAGCAGGUGGAGAGAGAGCUGUAUCAGGAUCACGCCCGUCUUCAAAGCCUUUCACAGACUCAUCACGUGGGCAUCGACCAGGUAGAUCAAUGGUUGAGGGACGAGCUACUGCGCCUGCAUAACUCCGGUCUCGUUCAAUUUGAGAAGCAAACACAGUGGCAGGAGAAAAUCAGCAACGGAUUUAACUACUGGCUGCGGCAGCAGCACAAUGGGACUAGCUAUCAAGAUUUUGUUGACUUCCUUAAACGCGACAAGCAGCGGAUGGACGGCAUCGCGACCGACUACCACGUGACAGUGGAGCAGGUGGAGAAAUGGGUUGAAAAAGAAGCUGCUCGACUUUCGCUAAUAGGAGUAAUUGAACGUCCGCAGAACAACGUGAAGUAUGAGGAUAUAGGCAAAAUUUUGAUUGGAAACCAGUCUGCUUCAUGGAAAGACGAAUUGUUGACACGCCUUCGAAGUGUGACCAGCCAGCGUCCUUUCUCUCGGCAAGAGUUUGAGAGCUACCUGAUCCGCAACAAGGCGAUCUUCGAACAAAUCGCAAGUCAAUACCAUGUGAAUAUCAAAGAUAUUCACUUGUGGCUGAACCAGAGCGCCAAGAACGCGGGCCUGCUCAGCUCUGAGUGGGAAGCCAAGGAACGCCUGCAUAUCGACAAUCUGAUCAGCCAGCAACAGCGCAAGCAGCAUAGGUGGUCCGUUCAGGAGCUGGAGCUUCAACUGAACAACGAUCAGAAGCACUUGAAGGAAGCAGUUUGCCAGUAUCAUGUGACUGUCGAAGAGUUGAUGGUAUGGUACAAGAACGAGCUUAGCCGACUCUUAGAGCAGCGCAGAAUCGACCGCGGCUCAGACCUCUCGUGGCAGACCGUUGAUUUGGUUACUGGACGACAGGUCAACAACUGGCAUGAACAAGAGCGAAUGCGCCUGCACGAAGUUGCCGUCGGCGUAAUGAUCACUGAGAAGGAGCUUCUUGAUUUCAUCUCACAGGACACAAGCUUCCAGGCGCAGUUGGCCAAGUUCUAUAAUGUAAGUCUGAAUCAGUUGGCGCCCUUGCAACGCAUAUAUAUCGGCAACAUGGCGCGCGAGAACUUACUGGAGCAGCGCCGGUUGAACCAUCUGGACACUUGGCAGCAGCGUGAGCGUGACCGCCUUUAUGAAUUCAUAGGUAAUCAAAACAUGACGCAGUUGGAACUUAAAAAUUUGCAGAACCAGGACACCCACCUAAUUGAAGAAUUCUCCCAGAGGUACGAAAUCUCGGCACAGCAUCUCAAGGACUGGCAGAACCGGGAGCUCGGGCGAAUUAACCAGUUGGCAAUGUACUACGGCAUGUCGCAGAGCGAUCUGCAACAAUUCCGGGAGGGCGAGCUUCUCCAACUGGCCUAUGUAAACCAUCGCAAACUAUUGCCCGCUGUCCAAUUAAAGGAAUGGGAGAAGCACCACAACAGGUCCUUAAGCCGCUUGCAGAGUCGCUAUGCCAAGCUUGGCGAAGAAUUGGUCGCCUGGCGCCGCAUUCUCUUUCUGCGAAGCCAGGGUCUUAUUGACCUUCCAGCAGAUAGUGAAGAUGGUGGACACGUGGUGGAUUCAGGAAGCACCAACGCCACAGCUGAAUACAAUCCAACAUUUUCAAAAGAUAGAGGAGACCAGCCGCCCCACACGUACGAGGACUCCUUUGUUGAGGGAAAUGAACCGGGCCUGGAGAGCGAGACGAACCAUUCUCGAACUUUAAAAUUCACCUCCUUCCUGCCUACGACCACUCCCCUUACUCCCACUGACGGGGGUGGACCGGUUGGAGGGUACGAGUACCAUCGUGAAGACUUCACUUUCAACGUGCCAGUGGGCGCAGCCUCGUCCUCUGCUGGACCCACUGUAUCCUCAGCUAGUGCCAUAGGGGAUAAGCCCACUCAACAGGAGGAAAAUCUUGAGAAACAGCAGCAGGUGCAACUGCUCAGUUGGAAUGAAAGGCUGGAUGAUCCGGGAAACCAGAAACAGUUUGAGAACCAGGCCUGGAACCAUCAGUCGGAUGGCCUUGGUCGGGAUCAGAUUCAGCUCAAAGAUGGCUCAACCUUUGGCCAAAGGGAGGGUCAUACCAGCAAAAGUCAGCCUCUACAGCUACCUUCAAAAGUAGAGGUAAAUGCAACCGCAGAGCCCUCGUUCUGGAACAAACUCAAGGAAAAGAUCGGAUGAUAUAAAACUAUAAGCUACCAUUUACGAUAUUUGCAUACACUCAUACAAAUAUUGCUUUCUGCAUAUAUGUUUUUAAUAUCUUAGUAAAGGAAAUAAAUAAAGUACUCUUUUGUGCAGCAAUAAUA